UUUCGCACAAUAAUUCCCAAACAUCAUCUCUCUUUCCUUCCCCGUCGCCACCGUCGAUUUUCUCGCCGCUUUCCCGGAAAAUCUCCACCGUUGAUCCUCUGCAACCUCUGAUCUAGAGUUAAUAAAUUCAGAGCUUUCGUAUCUGAAAGUUACCAUCUUUUUCGGAACAGAUUGGGAGAAAACCAGCAAAGGAUACAAUUACAAAAAAAAAAAAAAAACCCAGCAAAGGAGCUUGUGUCUUGGUUCUUGUCUGAAAUGAAUCUCCUUUUCAGCGACGGAGCUAUACAUGUUCAAGGCUUGUCCAUCUCUGUCUUGUCUCACCCACUCAACCGCCGAUCUGUCUUAGUUCUGUAACAAGAUUCUCCAAAUCAGCUUCUUCCCUUAGAUUCUGUUCCUUGAAGUGUGGGAAAUCACCCAACGACAACGAUGAAGUUCAGAGGCAUCCGAAUCAGAAGACGGAUUCUCCGGACGUCCAGAUGGAUACUCCGAAAGACCCGGAUCCGCCUAUCCGGGUACAACCGCCUUUGCCCGACCCGACCCGAUUCCAAGCCCAGAACCAUCGCCAAGCUCAUCAGCUGGGGACGCCGUCUGAGAGACAGAGCCAGGUUGAUCGGGUCGAGGAGGAUAGGAUCCGGGUACAUACCCGUGGGUCAGGAUCCGAUCGGGACAAAACCCGACCCGGUUCCCAAGGGUCAUUUGGCGGUCUACGUUGGUAAAAAAGACGGCGACUUUCACAGGGUUUUGGUACCCGUCGUUUACUUUAACCAUCCUCUGUUCGGUGAGCUUCUCAGGGAGGCCGAAGAAGAGUUCGGAUUUUCCCACCAAGGUGGGAUUACUAUCCCUUGUCCGUAUUCGGACUUCGAACGGGUCCAGACCCGGAUUGAAUCCUGGUCGGGUUCCCGGAAAUUGUUCUGGAGCCGAAACCGCCAUUGAUGCUGCGCGAAAGGUGAUACAUCAUUGUGAUGAUGACGAUGAAAAGGGUUUAGUACGAUCAAGAUCAUAUUUGUGGAAUGUUUUCUACUCUUUGAACAGUUAAGCACUUUUUACCCUUUUUUUCACUUUUGACUAUCGUCGUUUCCUGUCUCUGACUAGGUAUAAAUGUGAUAGUGAAUGCUACAGUAAGACGAUAAUGUACAUAAUCUUGAGAUUUUUUUUCCCACAAACGCUUGGUUUUGACGUUGUGGUUAUGGUGAUGGUGAUGGUGAUGGUGAUGAUGAUGAUGAUGAUGAUGAUGAUGAUGGUUUGUAUGGGGAAGACUUGGUCAUGGAGUCCCCAAUUAAUGGAAUAUGAUAGAAUCAAUGAAAAAAUUAAACACGACUCUUCUCAUCUCGCGGCCAAACCCAAGAUUUUGCUAUCAUCAAUCCCCACCACUUCUUUCGUCUUGAUUCACUGAUAAUAUCUGUUAAACCCCAUGAAAUAACUUGGA